AUGACGUCCGAGUCUUUUCCCGACUACACCCGCCUGCUGGCGACGGCCGGCCUCACCAUCACCCACUACAUCGUCGGCUCCGUCCUCUUCGACCUCGUCCACUGGCAAGCGCACCAGAAGUCGCGCAGCCCCCUCGUCCGCUGGCUCUCCCGCACGCACGCCGCCCACCACCAGUACUUUGACCGCCGCCUGCGCUUCCAGCCGCGCUUCCGCGCCGCCAACCUCGCCUCCCACAUGCCCCUCGAGUUCGCCUGCCAGGCGCUCGGCAGCACCGCCAGCUGGCUGCUCCUCCGCCGCCUCUACCCGGCCGCCGCCGCCUACGACCUGCUCAUCGUCAUGGUCGUGCAGGUCAUCCGGACGAGCGUGGUGGCCUGGAACAUGGGCCACGACUCGAACCACAUCCCGUACGAGGUGGUACCCAAGGAUAGGAACCACAUGAUUGUCGGGCCAGAGUACCAUGUGCUGCACCAUAUUGAUCCGCAAAACUACUUUGGCUCCAUGGUGCGCGUGGUUGACGUGCUCUUUGGCACCGCGACGACGCUCCGAGGGCGCCGCGUGGCGAUGACGGGCUCGCAGGGCGCGCUGGGCAAGGCGCUGACGGAGGUGCUCCGGAAGCAGGAGCGCGUCGCCUCCGUGACCCCCCUCCGGCACGGCAUCGAGUGGACCCCCGACGACCUCGGCAAGCUCGCACCGCUCCUCGCGGAGACGGACGUGCUGGUGCUGUGCCACGGGACCAAGGACGCGGCCUCCGCGCACGCGGUCAACUGCGCGGCCACGGUGGCCAUCGUCGAGCUGUUCAGGCGCGUGCGGACGCGUGCCGGCGCGGAGCUCAUCCCGGAGGUGUGGUACGUGGGCAGCGAGGCGGAGCUGCACGGCGCGAUGCCGGGCGACGGCGAGGCCAUGAAGGCGUACGCGGCGUCGAAGCGCGCCUUCGUGCCGUUCGCGCGCGCGUAUUACGAUGAUGAGGAUUUCUUGUACAGGCACGUGGUGCCGGCGGCGUUUCAGUCAAAGAUGGGCUCGGCGGUGGUCGGCGCGGACUGGGCGGCCCGGGUCGCGGUGUGGUGGAUCCGGAGGGGAGCGCAGUACGUGCCGGUGACGUACACGGGGCUCGCCUUUGUAAACUACUUUCGUUUCAUGUACUGGGUCGCGGCGACGCCGGCCGGCUCUCCGAAGACGCACAAGUUGACCCAGUGA